CCCCCUGAGCGCGCGCGCAUGCGCGGCGUUGCCGGUGACGUCACCACGCAGGGCGGCGGGCGCGGGGUGAGAGGUCGCGGGCAGACAGACAGACGCAGGGACGCCCAUGAUUCCCAUAUGUCCGAUAGUCUCGUUCGCUUACGUGCCCGGCCGGUUGGGCGAAGACGCCAAGAUGGCGGCGAGUAACUACUACGGCUUCGCGCAUGGCGGCGCCCAGUACAGUGCUCAGCCUGCCACUGGCAUUGCAUAUUCCCACCCAUCCACGCCGGCCACUUACACCGUACAGCAAGCUCCACCAACGGCCCACACAGUCACUGCAGCUUAUGCUCCUGUGCCUGCCACACAAGCAGUGAGACCAGUGACCUCGGCAGCAUAUGGAAGCUAUCCAACAGCACAUUCUGUGGCAGACUACAGCUAUGGGCAGAGGCAACCGGAAGCUGCACCACAACAAACACCGGCUGCAACACAAAACUACCAGCAGUACUACGCACAAGGAGGAAAUUCGGACAAGACAGAGUGGGGUUGGAUGACAGACUUGAUCUAUGGUUCACCUAAGGACAGUUACAGUUACGCACGCUCCACAGCGACAGCACCGAGCUACGAUAAACAAUAUUAUCAGCAACCUGUCUCAGCUGCUGCUCAACCCCAGCACACGGCCACUGAUUCUUACUAUCAGACAACUCCAAAAACCAGUUUCAGCCAGACCACAACACCGUAUACACAAACGCAACAGUCGAGGCAAGUUACUGCAAUAAAGCCAGCGCCUGCUCCAAUCCCAGUUACAACCAGCUACACAGUGUAUCCCGUGGUGACAACAGUGCAACCCAGCGUGCAGCCCACUGCAGCAGUGGCCACCGCUGCUGUAUCUUACACACAGACACCCUCGUACAACACUACACCCGUUAGCUAUUCAGGGUCAAGUUACUCUGGUUAUGAAGCUGCUGUCUACCCUGCCGUUACAUCAUAUUAUCAGCAACCACAGAAGCCCCCUGCCACCAUCUGGACAACCACUGGUACCGGGACUACCAGUGCGAACACAGGAAGCACUUUCAUCAAAAAACCUGCCUUCCAGAACAAGCAACAAAAACCAAAACCACCACCUAAACAACCACAGCUGCAUUAUUGUGAUGUCUGUAAAAUUAGCUGUGCUGGUCCACAGACUUACAGAGAACAUUUGGAAGGCCAGAAGCACAAGAAGAAAGAAGCGGCAUUAAAGGGUGGCAGUCAGGCGACCAGUGGACCACGGGGUGCUCAAGGCCAGUUGCGGUGUGAGCUGUGUGACGUGUCCUGUACUGGGGCAGAUGCCUAUGCUGCACACAUACGAGGUGCCAAGCACCAAAAGGUUGUUAAAUUGCACACCAAAUUGGGCAAGCCAAUUCCCUCUACAGAGCCGGUGGUAGUGAAUUCAACAUCAACUGCUGUGAAUAAAACAGUGAGCAAUGCUGCUACCACCACACCCCCAGUACCAGCAGCCAGCCAAAUACCUCCAAAGCCAGCUGUUGCCUUCAGUAACAGUACAAGCAAGCCACCUACAGUAGCUGUGAAGAAACCGGUAACGCCCAAAAUAACAUUUGUUGGAGGAAGCAAAUUGCAGUCGAUGGGGAACAAAGUAGAAGAUAUUAAAGUCCCAAAUGCAAAGCCAGAGUCCCAGAUGCAGGAAUUCAAGAGUGACCAGAUGGCAGCAACAGUACCAGCUUCCACUAUCCCAGCGCAGCUUCAGAAUGACGUACAGCCAGUAGGACACGACUAUGUAGAAGAGGUCCGUAAUGAUGAAGGAAAAGUGAUCAGAUUUCAUUGCAAGCUUUGUGAAUGUAGCUUCAAUGAUCCUAAUGCAAAAGAUAUGCAUUUGAAAGGUCGCAGGCAUAGGUUGCAGUAUAAGAAAAAAGUGAAUCCAGACCUUCAGGUUGAAAUCAAACCAAGUAUCCGGGCUAGGAAAAUCCACGAGGAGAAGAUGAGAAAGCAAAUGCAGAAGGAGGAAUACUGGAGAAGGAGAGAAGAGGAAGAACGUUGGCGAAUGGAAAUGAGACGUUACGAAGAAGAGCUGUAUUGGAGGAGGGUGGAGGAAGAACACAUUUAUUGGGAAGAGCAGCGUCGCAGGUUAGCGCCAGACUGGCAUCCGCCACCACUCAUGGGACGAUUGGGCAUGCCGCAAGCACCUGCACCCAUGCCACCUCGUCGUCCGGAUUCCUCAGACGAUCGUUACAUCAUGGCCAAACACGCUAACAUAUAUCCCACAGAGGAAGAACUGCAGGCCGUGCAACGGAUCGUAUCUCAAACAGAGCGCGCUCUCAAACUGGUGUCUGAUGUUAUUUCUGAACAGGAAGGCCUUAAAGAGGGAGAGAAUAAGGAGAAGGGAAAAACUGACCUUGGAGCACGUGUGUUGAAAGGAGUCAUGCGUGUUGGCGUGUUGGCAAAAGGACUGCUUCUGCGUGGAGAUCGGAAUGUUAAUCUUAUCCUGCUCUCUGCCCACAAACCCACAAAAUCCCUACUGGAGAAAAUUUCAGGCAACCUGCCUAAACAGCUCAUGACCAUAACAGAAGAAUUGUAUGAAUUGAAAACCUGCCCAGAGGAAUCGUGCAUCGUCCUUUCUACGAAUAAAGAGCCCAAGAUGCAGGUCAAAAUUUCGCUGACCUCUCCUGUAAUGCGAGAUGAUGUUGUGAAAGACAUGGAUGCAACACCUGACCCGAUGCAGGAUCCAUCAGAUGUAUUGAACAAACAAAAAUGCCUGGAGAGUCUAGCUGCCCUUCGACACGCCAAGUGGUUCCAGGCGAGGGCUAAUGGCUUGCAAUCCUGUGUGAUCAUCAUACGAAUACUCCGAGACUUGUGCCAGCGUGUCCCAACUUGGGGAGCCCUACCUGACUGGGCUAUGGAGCUGCUUGUGGAGAAAGCCAUUAGCAGUUCUUCAGGCCCAUUGAGUCCUGGUGAUGCAAUGCGGAGGGUAUUGGAAUCUAUUGCCUCUGGAGUUCUUCUUCCAGAUGGCCCUGGACUUCUAGAUCCCUGUGAAAAAGAUCAGUCCGAUGCCCUGUCUUACAUGAGCCACCAGCAAAGAGAGGACAUUACAGCCAGUGCACAACACGCCUUGAGGUUGCUCGCAUUCAGGCAGAUUCACAAAGUUCUUGGGAUGGACCCGCUUCCCCAGCCCAAACCACGGUUCAACAUGAGGAACCGCAAGCGGAGACGGGAUACCAGUGAAACAGCAGAGGGGGAAGGCGAUGGGAAGAAGGACAAAAAGGACAGUGACGCGGGUGACGUCUAGAACUGCUCUGUCAUUCUGAGUUUUCAAGAUUGCAAUUUUUUUUAUAUGUUGCUGUUUAGUCUGAGACAUUUGCAAUUUUAGUGUUUUACUUGAAUAACAAUGUACUGUAGAUUUGUUUUAAACUGCUUAUUGAAUAAUAAAUUGCAUCAUUCCAUGAGGAUCACGUUGCCUAUGGCAACAGCUCUCUUUCUCUUUCCUCACUCCCUCUCUUCCUACCCCACUCUCGACAAAAUUAAACCUUUGGCCAGUUAGUCGACCUGGUCUGGAAACCCACCUUUCCAUAAUUUCAAAAACCAAAGUUGACUCCAUGCUUCUCUGAAUCAGAUGAGGCUGCUUCCUUCUCAUGAAUUAGUUGAAUAGCCGAGAUGUUUUAAACGCAUUGAUAUGAAAGAUGGAGUGUCUUUAUUGGCAGAUGUCAACAUUGAAAUGCAAGUGUUCCUUCCCCAUUGUGUGUCAGGAGCUGCUAAAUGAAGCUUAUUGAAAGUACCCUAUGCUUUAUCCAUCGCUAUCUUCUACAAGAGCACUUUUUAAGCACAUGGGCUUUGUUUAAAUAGUUGUGCAAACUUACUGAUUGGAUGUGGCUGGUGUUCAUUAAAUGUGUGGCACAGUAACAAGCUAGAAAAUCCGAAGCUGUCCACAGCUGGGAAAAACCAUUAUGUACACUACAUUGCUGUUUUACUGACACGCUGACGUCCAUUUAGCCAAAACCAGAGAGGUAGGUUUACAACUUCAGAAAUAUGUUUCAGGCAAGAUUGGUUUGACUGGCUUAACGUGGCUCUUCUGCUUGGUUUGAAGAUAUCUUUUGCUAUUUAUUGAUGCCAGAAUCAGGUAUUUUCCUCCUAGGUUCGUUCACUUUUAGCAAAUCCCAACUACUCGGCCUGAUAUCUGGUUAGAUACUGAAGUGUUUUUGUAGCUCUAUUUGAAAACAAAAGAGAAUUCUUAUAAUUCUCAACCUUUUUUUGCAUGUAUCUUUUCCAGCAGUGUUUAUCAUCUGUGUGUCUGCAAAAAUACCCUUUUAAGCUUCAGCCCUCUUUUCGAUUUUUGGAAGAGUUUCAAUAGUCUAUUCAUUUUUUUUCUCCAGCAUUGGUAAUUCAAACGAUUAUUUUUUUUUUUAAACAUUCUUAAAAUGUUUAUUAUCCAGCAGAACCCACAAGUGAUUCCUUAAUUCAAAACUAUUUACUAAUCUGGUUUUUAGUUAAACAAUGAAACUGGAAAAUCCACUAAUUGGAGGGGUUCAAUGUGAAUUGGGUUGUCGGACAGGGCAGGGAUCAAACAUCUGGUUGUAUGUGGUUAUCUACAGGUUGGUGCAGUGAGACUGGGAGUGGGGAAGGUGAAUCUUUUUAAACUAAUCUUCAGCUCAUGUUAUCAAAGGCCAUGUCUGCCUUGUGACACCUAUCACCCUUUCGAAUAUAUCUUCCCAGCAGUUGGUUAGGUGCUCAAUUGUCCUGACACUGUGGAUAUCAUGACUCAAGACAGCUUGUGCACCAAAAUUGCUUGGCACUCAUAACUAUAAAAUCUCUUGUGCAUAAAAUGUACAGUUUAACUGGUUACACUAUUAACAUUUGUAUAGGUAGGAAAUGCCUCCCACUGUAAGUGUACCUGACUCAGUUUUACCUAUGGAAGUGUUAUUUCUAUUGAAAUGUGGCUUUGUCCUCAGCUCUGUGGUAUUUAAAAAAACAAGUGUAUUCAAUUUUUUUGUUGGCUAUGUAUUACAUUACUGAAAUAGUGUAAAAGUGCUAAUGAGAAGGAGCAGUGUAGAGGAUCUCUGUACUUGGAUCCUUUUUAUGUUUGGACGUAGCUAUUCAAACAAUGCAACUAUGAAGAUAACUGGGAAAUAAAAUCCUUAUCCAAUGAC